AUGAAUGAGGGGGUCACUCUCAAGUUAACUGCAUUCAAUAAGCAGGAGGUAGGGGUGCCAAAGGCCAGUGGAGAUGUGAGAGGGUUAACUCACGCAAACACACCUCCAAACACUGGGUUUUCACUGACCAAGGACAACUGUGAGUGGGGUGCGGUGGAGGGAGAGAGGACUGGCGUGUUAAAGGGACAUUUGUUUGUCGGACUGUCACACUGCAAGGGCUCUGAGGUGACGCUGCAGCUGCUGUUCGUGGACAGCAAGGAGGCCUUCGGGGAGUGGAGUGAGAGGGAUUCCCUGUACGGGGCUGUCCAUGGCCAAGGCUCAGCACCAGCCGGGCACCAGCCAGCUCCAGGCUAUGAGAAGCGUCUGCACUGGGUGGGCCUGCUGCAGUCCCACCCCUGGGAGCAGACGUACUUCCAGUGGGAGCCUGCCUAUGGGCCUGUCGAAGAGGACCACGUCCCCUUCCUUCGCAAAGGAGUGCCGGUGCUGCACCUCAUCGCCACCCCCUUCCCGUGGGUCUGGCACACGAUGGAGGACACGGAGCAGAACCUGCACCCCCAGACCGUGGAGAACCUCUGCAAGAUCCUGGCUGCCUUCCUGGCCAAGUACCUGUGGCUGUGACUACCCAGAGCCUCCCCUGGUGAAGGGACCAACCCCUCCCUGGGCCUGACAGGAUCCUUUACCCUUCCUGGGCCGAGCUCCAUGGGGCCAGCGGCCAAAACACCCUAGGGACCAGGCAAGGUGGCUUUUGGGGCCCGGGCUGUGGCAGCCCCGCAGGGGCUUGGGGAGGUGUUACAAUGCUGGGAGGAUGGGAAGGGAGAUUGUGCUGAGUCUGUUCCGGGGCUGCAGCAGGUCUGUGGCCAGCCCAGAAGUGAAACCGCUUGCUUGAGCCCCUUGAGGUUGGGCCUUCCUGGGCUUUACAUGCCCUCCAGAGCUCCAGCCGCCGGGGCCUGGACUAGCCUCUUCCCAGCGGGGGGCCUGGAUCCCAGCUGGUCGUGUCCCCCGGGGUCCACGGCUCAGAAGCAGGAAUAACUAGGCUGAACCUGGACUGUGCCAGGGGCAGGACACCGGGGGCUGCGGGGGGGCCAGACCUGCACUCUCUGCAGUGUGGCCUCCAGCUGCCAGCCCACCAGGGGUUGCUCCUGUUUACGGGGCCCGUCCAGCCCUGAGGUGCUGGGCUCCCAGCCUCGCUCGGGGGCUGCUCCACAGCGACUCUCGUAACAAAGAGCUGCCCGUCAGUGCUGCUGCCCCCUUCCCACAUGCUGGGCAGCCCUGGGCACUGUGGGGCUGGGACACUGCUCCUGGCAUGGCUGUUCCCUCCGCUCCGGCCCCUCCUGCCAGUCUCCAGCCGCAGCCCCAGCUCCCAUCAGCAGGCGCAAACCCCAGCUCCCCUCCCCUUCCUUCAGCUCAGGGCUGCCGGGCCUGACUGUGUGUGACCCAUGCGGAACCAGCGCCCCCUUGGUUUCGCUCCACCUCCUCCCUCUGGAUUGAGAGGCAGCACAGCCUAGUGGGCAGAGCACUUGACUGCACCCAUGGGAUCUGUUCCACGCUCUGCCACUAACUGGCCCUGUGAGUUUGGGUAAAACCCUUUUCCCCUCCCUGUGCCUCAGUUUCCCCUCCCAUCCUUUGUCUAAUUAGACUGUGAGCUCUUUAGGGCAGGGACUGUCUGUCUCAUGUUCUGUGUGUAUAGCACCUAGCCCAAGGGGGCCUCUUAGUGCUAAUCUGACAGACCAUAAUCACACCCUCUCAGCUCGCCCAGCCCAGCCCAGCGGCAGGGUGGUGGUGGUUAUGGUUUAACAGGAGAUGAAAUGAUUCCCGGUGCUUCAACUUUUCAUGUGCUAGAAGCUGGUUUAUUUUCACUGCUCAGUAGCUCCCAAGCAAAGCAAGCGCUAAGCCGCAGGGGCGCUGGGUUAAAGGCAAAUUGCACUUGAAUUAAAAACCCCUUUGUGGGACUCUGUGACCCACCCGACGGGUACUUCCCAGGCACCUGCUGUGUGAAGAUCCAAACACUUUGCCCCCCUCGGUGAGAGAGGCUCACGGGAAUGGAUUGUCGGGGCGAAAGGGUCGAGGGCUGAAAGCUUUGAUAGCCAGACCCUGCGGGGGCCAGGCAGAGCCGAGUGUCAGGGCUCGGGGACACUUGGGUUCCCUUUGUGGGGGGGUUAAAUAGCGACCGAUUUCUGGGGGAUUCCAGAUGAAACCUUCGCUGCAGAUCUCAGGGGGGCUGGGGGCAGAGGCGGAUUUGACUCUGGAAUUGAUAAUUGCUCAGACGUUUCACACGGGAAUGGAGGCGACGUUUCCUGAGCUGCCCAGGGAUUGGCAGGGCCAUCGCCACAGAGCUCGGCUGAGGCUUGGCCCCACCCCCCUGGACGCUGUAAGACCCUGGGCCUGGCUGUGUGUGGACCCGGGCUAAGCUGACAUGCCCAUUGCGGGCGGGAGCGAGGGGCUAGGCCUGGCAUCUGCCAAAGGAAGCAGCCUGGGGGAGGCAGGUGGCUCCCAGGUGCCAUUAGAAAUCUGAGCCCCGGGGCGGGGGGGCAGCAGAGCCCAGGGGAGACGGGAGCGUAACCCCAACUCUCAGAGCCCUGCUCUCCGGGCCCUAGGAGGAAGCAGGUGGGCGAGAAGCGGGAGGCUGCCCCCUGCUGGGCGGCAGAGGUGCUGCUCGAGCAGGCAGAAGCUGUGGGCGGGGUCAGCGAUGGGUGCAGGGGCUGCCCCGAGGCUGCAGGGACUCAGGCUUCGAACUCAGGCCACUGGCUUAUGGCCUCGUAGAGGGCGUCCCCAGGGCAUUGGGUUGACUUCACGUCGCGAUGCCCCUUCAGGGUGUAGCUUUCACUCAGGAAGCCCCCGGAGACAGCACAUUGGAUCAGGCUCUUGGCAACGGUCAGGGUGGUGUUGUCAGGGGCUGUUUCUGCAGGACACCAGCAGCCCCCUGUUACUUUCACACACGCCCCUGGCCCCUCUCUGCUGCUCAGGGGAUGUGAAUGUGGCCUGAGUAAAUAAACACUCUCUAGCCACGUUCUUGAUUGGCCAUGUCAGUGUCUCCCCCCCCACCAUUGUGUUUGGUAAUGCGUCUCCCCGCCUCCACACACACAUUUGCUUCGCCACGCUCCCCCUCCCCCUCCCUUUCCUGACCCUGUGCCCCAGCCCAGUGCCCCACCGUGGUGGAACCAAGAGCAGCUGUGAACUUCCUAGUUCCCCUGGGGGCCUAGCAGGGAAAUCCGUACAGACGGGAACCACGUACUGGAGAAGCUGCCCAGGAAGCUGAUUCCCAGUGACUUAUUUUUCCAGUUCUUGGCAUGGGCCCCCAUGGUGCUCCAACCUCUGCCCUCGUAGACUCUGUCAUCUUCGCCGAUCAGGAAGCUGCAGGCAGAGCGCAGUGUGAGACCUGCACAGGCAUGUCGGCCGCACCCUCCCCUCCCCAUCGCUCUUGGCAGCUCCCCCAGGGUCGUGGCUGGCCCGGCCCGGGUUUGAACCUGGGACCAUCAGAGCUAGAAGCUCAAUCCUCUGCCAUGGAGCUAAAGACCCACUGAGGAAAAGGACUGGAAUGGAGGGGCCCUAACCUGUAUUGCACUGUUUGGCCAUUAGGUGGCGCUGUGUGUAACGCCCCUUCUGGAAGGCACCAAGGGCCCCACCUGGACAGAGCUGGGGGUGGAGUGAGGGCUGUAGCGGGCCCAGAUGUGGGGCAGGAGAACAGCACUGGGAGCCGCUGCCCUGCUGGAAAUUCCCAGCUGGGUUUCCAUCUCCCGACAUCACCAUCUCAAAACAUUUCACGGAGCAAAAUCUCUGGCCAGGUUUUCGUUGCGGGGCGUCAGGCCGGCUGCAGGGAAACGUGUCAAUAACGCCGGCAUGGGGCGGUGUCACAGAGGCCUUUGCUGGCCCCCACCCCACCCCAUUGCCACGGCUCCAGCCCCACACACAAAUGCUGUAGGAGUGUAACUGUACCAGGCUAGUUAA